UCAGUACGGCUCAGUGUGCCGAAGGAAUACUGUGUUCCCCUCAUUUCUCCUCAACCGGCCAUUUUGCUACACUGCGUUGCGUUAUACUAAGGUUUAUUACAUACCGGCACGCGUUCAUUUGUAUGUGUAUGUAAUAUGUGUGUAAUAAUAUUAGUCUAGAGGGAGUUAGUUACCUAGUGAAUGUGAAUACUUUAAAAGUUUUGAGGUUAUAGCGAAUUUUGUGCAAGGAUAACGUUCGUGGUGUUAUCGUGAUACAGCAAUAUUUAAAUAUAAAAUCGUCCUUUAAUUCGGACGAAAGAUUGAACUUUUAAAUUAAUUGUGUGAGCUAUGAAAACUCUCGAGUUAAUUCUAUGUCGAUGACAUGUCGGCUCCAAAUAACGUUAAAACAAUGCGGGCGCAUAGACUGGCCUAUCUGGCCGUCUGACAAAUAUGAAUUUGUGGCAUAAUUUCGUAAUUUUCAUAAUUGAACAUGGUCAAAGAAAAACCAAAUUCAAUUCGUAUUUACGAUUCGGAAGGCUACAGACGUAGGGCUGCAUGUAUCUGUGUCAAAAACGAUCUUGAGGAUGAGGUACUUUUGGUUACAUCCAGUCGAAGACCAGAUAGUUGGAUAGUGCCUGGUGGUGGAGUUGAACCAGAAGAAGAACCUGCAGUAACUGCAUUACGAGAAGUAAGAGAGGAGGCUGGUGUGUUAGGGCAAUUAGGCAGAUGUCUCGGCAUAUUUGAGAAUGUGGAACACAAACAUAGAACACAAGUAUGGGUUAUGAGAGUAACAGAAGAACUACCAGAAUGGGAAGAUUCACGUGCUAUUGGUCGAAAGCGAAAAUGGUUUACCAUACCAGAGGCCUUACUCCAGCUUGCUCAGCACAAACCCGUCCAACGUUCUUACAUACACAGCCUCAACAAUACCAAUCCACGACAUAAUCCGAAUAUUUCACCGCCUCACCAUUCACAUACUACUGUAACAUCGAUUCAGUUAAUGAAUAAUUCUAGUAACAAUUCCCAUCUUAAUAAACACAGCUAAUAUUAAAUACCAUCCAUUUGCGUGACUAUUGCCAUCAAAUGUUAAAUAUUUGUUGCUGCUCCUUUCUCGUUAAAUGUUUAUAACAACAGCUGCAGUUGUAUUUUGUAUGUAAAAGAACAUGGCUUAUAUCUUGUCCUUUUCUUCUUCUUUUCCUGUUAUUAGUAGUACAGUUGCUACGAAUCAUGUUACUAUAACUACUAGUACUAGUACUGCUAUUACAUAAUUACUACUACUAUUACUAUUGUCAUUAAUAUUGCUACUAUACUGUUAAUGCUACAAUUAUUACUACCAAUACUGUUACUACUAUUAUCACAAUUGCUAUCAUUGUCAUGUCAUUACUAUUACAAUCAUUAGAUUCGUUCGUAUAGAUUAAUUAAUAAACUGAUCCACAAAGGAGCAGUUUUACCAGCUCAAGUCUCAUUUUUCUCAUGUUUUUCCAAGGGAAGCAAAUAAUGCUUGUAUUCUAUAAGUAAAUAAGUACAUCAUUUUCAUACGUUAAGUGGAUGGUAUUUCAUGCAAAACAAAACUCUGGAAUUAGAUUACCUCUCAUGUUGUUUGCAUAUACUCAAAGAAUGUUACGAAUGUCAUAAUUAAACAUAUCUAUACCUCA